GUGUGGUAAUGGAAGAUCAUGUCUCUAUUAUUUAGAGCAACAAGCAACUGGAAUCAGAAAACACUUGAUGAUCUGGGAAUACUGCCUUUGUACUUCUCACAAAGCUUUUGGGGAGCAUUCAAACAGAGUGAUUUAGCCAAGUUCUUCAAAACCUUCCUUAAAUUUUUGCGUGGACAAAACACAGCGAAGCCACAACUGAAAAAGCUGUUUAAGGCAAUCAUUAUAACUCCAACCAGAGCCAAGAGGGCUGUGUUCCAAGCGAGUGAAUGUACUACGGACAACAUCACUAGUGUUAGCAUCAGCGAUGAUGCCUUUCCCUUUGGAUAUGAUGUGACGCAGUUCGGCAACUGUCUGAGUUCAACCGUGGUACUGGAGAACCUUGCUAGCCUGUGUGAUAAAAUUGACAACAGCGACUUUCAGAGAAUCAUUUUGGACAAACUCAAAGAGAUACUGCCAAAUGGCCUUUCAGAAGAUAAGGUCCAGGUACUGAAGUCUGUGUCCAGGAAUGCGACAGAGGAUGAAAUAAGUAAAUGGAACAUCACUAAACCCGACACACUGGCAGCGCUCAUGGAUGCCAAUGAUGGCGAAUGGUCCGCUGCACAGAGCAAACUAAUCAUUACCAAAUACCUAAGCGCCAACAACAAUCUGACCACCACUGAGCUGAAUCUAGUGAAAGGACCAAAUCUCUGCUCUCUGAAUGUCAGCACAUUGUCAUCAAUAUUACCUGAAAGUAUACGGGAGAGUAGUGCCUUGGAUGUGUCAACAUGUUCAUCUGAGAACAAGAAGGCACUCUUCACCAUCGCUAACAAAGCAUUUCCCAUGUUGUCUACAAGAAAUCAAAGCACAGUCUUAUCAGCCUUCCAACUCAUUGAAACCUAUCUCGGAGGUGCAGAUCUAGGCUACAUUAGGAAUCUGUCAUCAUACAAUGUCAGCAUGAGCCUGGCCACUUUCAUAAGUCUGGAUUCAAGCGUGAUCUUGAGCCUCAGCAUAGCAGACGUAGUGGGUCUUCUUGGUAACAAUUUGCAGGAUCUAAAAACAUUUGAAAACCAAACAGUUGUGCGAAGUUGGAUCUCGCAGCAGUUACAGUCCGAGCUGGAUAAACUCAAUCUCACUCUGACUGGAGGAAAAUUAACAGCAGACACAACAACUGCUGCUACCAGCACCACUGUAACAACUAAGGCUACCACUGUCAAAACUACUGCAGGCUCUCCAGGAAUUGGACCGAGCGGAUGGACAGUUUUCUUCAGCAUUUUAAUACUUAAUCUAAUUUACCAUCAUCAAGGUUGAGAUUACAUAGCAGCAAUGAACCCGAAUUAGCCACACUGUAAUCUUACCAAGAUGAUACAUCUGUGAGACUCUGUAGAUGAAGGAAUACAGCAUAUUAGUCUUAAUCUUUUCAUAAUCACACGUUUUCUUUGUCAUCCUAUUGUUCAUCGAUUCAUGUUUUUAGAGUAAGUGUACAUGACAAAUUGUCAAAAAGGAAUGUUCCACUAAUAAUCAGAACAGAGGAUAUGUAGCACUUUUGAUCAAAAUACUUGUAUAACUUUCCGACUAUAAAACUUCUAUCUUUAAUUGUUUCAGACAUUUAGAAUCAUUAUAUGAAUUCCUUGUGCUUUUCUUGAAUAUGGCAUAAAUAUUUUUAUUUGUUCUAUGACUGGUACCUGUUUAUUUGUGAUCAUAGCUAAUAAUGUAAAAUGUAGUCAUACAGAAUUUAA